CAACCGUUUAGUUGAUAAUCAUUCGUCAAACCGAGAGCAUCGCGAAUCAAUUUGAAUUCAGUGCCCGUUGGAAGUCACGUUGCAAUUGCCCAAAACGUAGAGACUUGGAGGGAUUGUGGUUAUCAGUUGUGGAUUUUUUUUUCUUCUCCCAUCAUAACAAGUUGUAUCAAGGAUGUUGCGUUUGUAAAUAAAGUGUUAUCGCUUGGCUAAACCAUAUUUCCGGAGGGUGAUGAAGUGUAGUCGAAUGUGGCUAUCGAAACCCAAUCAAAGCUAUUCGCCCACUGACCUGAAUGCUACCUCUGGCACACCAUCUGCUAGGUGAAUGUGUAGAAAAAGGUUUGAGCGGAUGUGAAAGCGAGGAAGGAUAAUGUGUGAUACAAAGUGCUUAUCUACUCCCCGGAGAGUUGUCGUAUCGUUCCGACGAAGCGUAUGAUUUUUUCUUCUCUGCCCUCCAUCGCCGUAUGCGACGGGAUAUGCAAUAUUCUCCCCCAACAAGUUGGGGGUCUAGUUUGUGAGCCUCUGAGCACAGGUGAUAAAUUUCUACAGAAAUAGGAACCGACACAUUCCGAAAUUGAUUUGGACUCAAUGAAGCGGUCAUAAAAACUUUGCGAUAAAUAAAAAUCCUCGGGCCCCAACCAUACCAUAAUCGGGCUAGAUCCCUUUUCAUAUCGGAUCGGUGUGCCAUAAAAUCCAACGAAAAUGCUGCCAGGAAGGAAAGUUGGGAGCAGUUUUCUCCGAUAGUCGCCGGCACUAUUGUCUGCAGUGUAAUAAAAGUGAACCAUUCCGUUCAGAUCUGGAGUAUUGAUGGGGAAGGACUUUGGUACGGAACAACAAAUGAAAAUCAUGUGAAUUGAUGUGUUUGUAGGCAAAGUUGUGAUCCCUGAGGGCGAUUGUUUUCGAAAUGGAAGAAAUAGGAAACAAAUAAACCCUUGGCCCGCCGUGAAACAUAGUUUUUUUUUCCGUCAGAGCAUUUGAAUCGAGCAAGCAAAAUCAAUGAAAAGUGAUCCUGGGAAAAGUUGUUCUUAUGUUGUGCGGGCGGUUUUUCAUUUACGUUUAUGUGCAGAGGCAGAAUCCAAACAGUGCAAAACAAAAAACAGAAAAUCAAACGUCUACCGCUCGUCACAGACCGUUGGCGUGGGAGUAAAGGAGCAAUAAAUAAGUGGAAAAUAGAAUGGUGCUGUCGAACAUGUUGGAUUUACGAGCUGUUCUGGUGCUGACGCUGCUCACAGCGAUAGGUAGAUUUCGUGAUCACCCUGAAGGACGUCCGUGUGAGCGUUCCGGCAGCCAUUCGCCGAGGUGGUAAUGCAAAUUUGAUCUGUCAUUACGACAUGGAAGGAGCCGCGUUAUACUCUGUCAAGUGGUACAAAGGCAAACGGGAGUUCUUCCGUUACACACCCAAAGGAAACCCAGAGCUCAUGGUAUUCCCGCUGCCCGGAAUCACAGUCGAGCGCUCUCACUCGAACGGAAGCCACUUGACGCUGACUGCGGUCGAACCAACGAUGUCCGGCAAAUACAGCUGCGAAGUGUCCGCAGAUGCGCCCUCAUUUCAUACGAUGAUCGUGUCUAGCGAGAUGGAGGUUGUAGACAUUCCAAUGAGCAGACCCCACAUCACGGGACUGAAACCGUACUAUCAGAUAGGGGACCUUCUGAUUGGCAACUGCACAUCCUACAACUCAAAACCAGCGGCCAACCUGACGUGGUUCGUCAACAGUAAUGAGGUUGCACCGAAACAGAUAGUGCCCUAUCCGAUAAGCAAAGAUCCGGAAAAUGGUUUGGAAACGUCCACGCUGGGAAUAUUCUUCCAAAUUACACACCAUUACGCGGGACGAGGAAAGUUAAAAUUCACUUGUGUCGCCAGGAUUCAUAACGUUUACGAGCAGCGAUCCGAGAUGUAUUUGGAAGACGAACGACCGAAUAUGCUGGCCUCAGCAUCUGCAUCGCCGGUGGGAUUAAGUGCGAACUAUAUACACUCACUUUAUGACCAGCUUCCGGCAUCUUCUUAUCAUCACCACGACGCGGGUGGGGGAGGUGAUUUCGAUAAUCAAAACAGCGACGCUUUCAUGACGCAGUUAGACAUGUCAUCGUCAGCCGCCAGCUCCAGCAGCACACGGUGGGCACUGACCAGGCAACUUCUGCUACCAAUUCUAUUGCUUCUACCGGCAAGUGUUAUUAUGCAAAUGGCGUUCACAAUCCAGCCACUGCUGCUCGAAUCCCGUGUCAUCGGGAGGUGGAUGAGGCGAACCACUGCCACCGGUGGACUACUACAACUGAGCACAAUCAGCAUUUUCCCAAAGUCGUCCUGUUCCUGAGAGUAGCCUGUCGUCAAUGCUGCCAUCGUCGCCGUAACCGCUACCGUCAACAACACCACCAACUGCUCCAACGGUGGCAAUAACAAAACCAUCGUUACCACCGCAUUCCGUGCCGAUGUUGUUGAUGUUGCUGCUGCUGGUUCCAGUUUCGUAUGUUUAAUUUCCAGUAAAGUGGCGGACAGUAUUUAAACUGAACUGUUUUUUUUUUAAAUAUGAAAAUCAUUACUACGAAGAAGGCCACUAAUUAUUUGACGUCAUUCCUCCAAAAAAUCCGAAAUUUAAAACUGUAUUCCACACCAGAAUCGUUUGAAAAUAGCCAAUUUGAAAAUAAAAUUGUAUGCUCGAUGUAAAUAUGCAACGCGCGGUGAGCACUGGUUGUAUUCCUCUACCACCACAAUCCCACAUCCGCUAGUUAUAGAAGACCGCAGUCGUACCCCGUCGAAGGUGCCACAAAGUAACAGUAAGAACCGGUGCAUACAAUUUCAGUUUUUGCGUGCCACCCUGGAACAGAGAAAAAUAAAACACAGACAUCCUCGUAUAAUUGAUAAAUGCAUUCGGUGAUGGGCCGCGACCAGGCGACUCGCGUUGAAUGGCAUACCGGAAACGGCACCGGGCUCAGAUUUAAUGGGAAGAUAAAUUCCAUUACGUGAUGGGCGUCCACAGGCGUACGUAUUUCGACGCCAAUGGAGCGCCAAGAUGGAACAACUCGGUGACACGUGCAGUUUCAAGAAGAGUGCUGUAAAAAAUAACAUAAGUUGACAACAUAAAACACUAAAAGACUAAUAAUUAUCGUAAAUAAGAACAUAUUGCAUUACUAACGACAAAGGUAAUGAGAAAGGAAUCAAAGUUAGUAUUUGUUAAAUGUUUUAAUGUUCUAGCAUUUCCGUUCGAUACUUCUUGGUUGUUUACCACGUGUAACAGUGCAUUGAAUCGCAUAAUCAUGCGAUAUCAUAAAGAAUAGAGAAGCAAUGAACAUCAUUGUUGGAAAAGGCAGCGAGACAAAAACAAAAAUCUGUUGCUCUUCUUCUCAAUUAACAAUCGCUGCCGGGUAUUGUAAAUAUAAAAAUAAAGUCUUUGUAUAGAUUUCCGCAGCGGCUGCCGGUAACCAUUGUCAACCAACAGUUAUAUUUCCACUACUGAGGAGAACAAAAAACUCAUAUCCGAUGGAUGAGACUACUGUGAAUAACAAAUAAAAGAAGAAAUAUUGAU